AUACUGGUGUGGAAAGAGCUUGACUAUGGCUCCAUGACGGAGGCGGAGAAGCAGAUGCUGGUGUCUGAGGUGAACUUGCUUCGGGAGCUGAAGCAUCCAAACAUUGUCCGUUACUAUGACCGUAUUAUCGACAGAACCAACACAACCCUGUACAUCGUGAUGGAGUACUGUGAAGGAGGGGACCUGGCCAGUGUCAUUACAAAGGGGACCAAGGAUAGACAAUACUUAGAGGAAGAGUUUGUACUUCGAGUGAUGACUCAGCUGACCCUGGCCCUGAAAGAGUGUCACAGAAGGAGUGACGGUGGCCACACCGUGCUUCAUCGGGAUCUGAAGCCAGCCAACGUCUUCCUGGACAGCAAACACAAUGUCAAGCUGGGGGACUUUGGACUAGCUAGAAUAUUAAACCACGACUCGAGUUUUGCAAAGACGUUUGUUGGCACACCUUAUUACAUGUCUCCUGAGCAAAUGAGCCGCUUGUCCUACAAUGAGAAGUCGGACAUCUGGUCGCUGGGCUGCCUGCUGUACGAGCUGUGUGCAUUAAUGCCUCCGUUUACAGCUUUCAACCAGAAAGAGUUAGCUGGGAAAAUCAGAGAAGGGAGAUUCAGGCGGAUCCCCUACCGCUACUCUGACGGGUUGAAUGACAUCAUCACUCGGAUGCUGAAUUUAAAGGAUUACCACCGACCUUCAGUGGAAGAAAUCCUGGAGAGUCCUUUGAUAGCUGACUUGGUUGCGGAAGAACAAAGGAGACAUCUAGAGAGGAGAGGCCAGCGCUUAGGGGAGCCUUCCAAGCUGCAGGUCUCCAGCCCUGUGCUGAGUGAGCUCAAGUUGAAGGAAAAACAACUGCAGGACAGAGAGCGUGCGCUCAGAGCUCGAGAGGACAGUCUGGAGCAGAAGGAGCGUGAACUUUGUAUUCGAGAGAGACUAGCAGAGGACAAACUGGCCAGAGCUGAAAGUUUGGUGAAGAACUACAGCUUGCUGAAGGAGCAGAGGUUCCUGUGCCUGGCUAGUGACCCAGACCUUGAUCAUCCAUCCUUAGUAAUGAGGAAGAAGGUUCAUUUCCGUGGGGAAAGCAAAGAGAACACCACAAGGAGUGAGAAUUCUGAGAGCCAGCUUGCCAAAUCCAAGUGCAAGGACCUGAAGAAGAGGCUUCAUGCUGCCCAGCUGCGGGCUCAGGCCCUGUCGGAUAUUGAAAAGAACUACCAGCUGAAGAGCAGGCAGAUCCUGGGCAUGCGCUAGGCCAGCAAGGCAUGGAGCUGGGCCAGUGGUGGGUACUGCCAGCCCACUAGAGAUUUGUACUCGACUGCUGUAGUUUUGUGUGUCUGGUUCUGAGCUUUGCCUUUGUGUGCAGUGAGCAUGACGCUGGGAUUGUUUGUGCUCUUUUUCAGCAGCAAGUCUACAAUAAGGACAUGUCUCCCUUUUCCUCCUAAUAGCCCUGUGUAGAAAGUAUGGUGCCUUUGCUGAUUGCUUGGGCUUUUGAUCUUGUGUGUGAUUACUACUGGGAUUUUGAGAUUUUAGGAGAAAAUGUUAGGGAAAGAAUAUUUAACCUGGAGGACUCACUGGGAAGUUUACAUGAUUGCGUGGUAUCCUGAAUCUGCCGUGUUUAGUUUUACACUGGAACUGUGUGCCCAGCAUCGGUGGUCCACGACUGCUGGUGAUGUGUGUGGUUCAGUCUCUUAGUGCCCAUCAGCCACUUGGUGGUGGCUGGCUGUGAUGUAUCUCGAGGGCCUCACUGCAGUUUCCAGAUGAGCUUCAGCUGCGGUGUGACCUCACUGUUGAUAAGAUGUGACAGGGCAGGAGUCUUCACUCUCCCACAGGUUGAAUUAUAGGGCCAGGGAGAGUUUUGGUGUGUGGUAUUACAGGGAGAGACCCAGCCUCUGAUCCGACAGCCCGGCAUUCCAGUUCCAAGCUGUUCACCAUACUAGUUAAACACCGGUGACUUAGACUCUGGGAGAGUGAAAGGGUUGAAGCUUAUACCUAAGAACAUGGAUUUACCUUGAGGGAAACCCCUGCCAGAACAGCUCCCAGUGAUUUCUGAAGAGUCGUGAAGAAACCCGAGGAGGAAGCUGUUGUCCUGCUGUCCUGUGGCACAAGCGGCCACCUGAAAUGCCUUUAUGUCCCAGGAUACUCACCCUCCCAGUUCUCGUGUGGCCUUGAAUAAAUGGUCAGUACACUGACGCUCUCAAGCUCUAUGCCUUGUCUGUAUCUGAUGAGAGUGUCCUUAAGUAUGAACUGAACGGUCUUCGUGUUUUAAAUCACAUGUAUGGUUCCCUAAUCUUUAAUGUUGGAGAACUGUCUUCAGAAAGUUGGUCUGUUUAAGGCUACUGGGGAAAAAAGCAGGCCACCUUUGCUAACUGUCCUCAGCCCCACAAGACAGCUUCAGAACAGAACAGAGUGUGAGAUGUGUGUCAUUGAGGGUGAUGCUGCCUUCACCUGUGUCAGGGCGAGACGUUUGCUGUUUGCUACAGUUUUCUGAAGACCUCAUCAGAAAGAGGUUCAUUUGUCUUAAUAAGUGCUGUUGGCAGGAAGGUCAGAGGCAUUUUAAUGUGAUCUGCCUCGUGAUUAAACACACAGACUUACUACAUUUUAAAAUUCUGUGUCCUUUACUUUCUGGAUCUAUAAUAACUCACUUGGUUGUAGAACUUGCCAAGGUUGACCUUUCUAAUGCUUUGUGUAAAUUCUCUACUGUUUGGCACUUGCAGCUGCAGAAACAGCGCCAGGGAUCUCUUGCAGCUGCAAAUACAGUGCCUUUGGAUCUCUUGAAGCUGUGUCUUUGGUGAAAGCUUGGAUUGUUACGAUCUGGUGAGCAUCUUGCCUGUCUGUUCUGUGACAGUCUGCCAGAUGGGAAAUCCUGUUGAAAACUAGAAACUCAGUGGUGGUUUUUCCUUCUUUUUCUUUUUCUCCUUUAGUCUAUAAUGCAUAUUGGUAAUAGCAGUACAGAAUAAAACCCCGUGUAUAUAAAAAUUCUAAGUAUGAGGUUUUAAAUGUUCUUGGACUUGAGAAAACUUAAUUGGAUACAAUUGUUUAUGAAUAACCAGUCACCUUAUUUAUACAAUUUUCAAUACAGUAAAAUCUAUUUUGUGGAAAUUCA